GGGUGUAACGCGAGAGCUGCUAAUUGAGAUUUCUAAUGCUGCUGACCCCUCCAGGGCAUAGGCUGUGGCAAUAGUGUCUGAGCCAGUGUGCAGAGAGAGAGAGCAGAGGGAACAGGCUCUGACCGCUGUGGGGUCCUGCUGCUAGCUCCUGUCUGGCAAUAACAUUCCCAGUACCAGGAGAGCACGGCGUUGCGUUGAACAGAUAGACUUACAAACUUUUCCCUCGGUGAUCUGAGUGUGUAACCAGCCCGCUUCCCGCCUAAGACUUGUUUACUUUGGAGUUUUAACUCAGUGGCACGUUUGUUGCAGCCAGAGGAUGAAAGCCGAAGGCUGUAGGGGAGAUACCAGCAGGUAACAUCGACGCGUGCCUGUGCCAAAGGUUCACAAAGUUGCAGCAAGAUUCACCUUGUUACAGUUACAUUUCCCAGGACAGCCAGAGGAGUGAACUUUCCUGGGAAGCAAGCAGCUGGCAUUGGACAGAAGGAAACGUUCCUGGAAACAGGGAUUGAGAGCGAUUCCUUGAAGCUAAGCUUAAGACCUUAGUGGUGAAUCUGUGCCCAUCUUCCUGCCCUCUCCCUGUGUAACGGUGGCACCAGCUUCCCACUGCUGCAGACGACUCCUUUUGGAUGUGUUUGACUCAGACUGGCUGGUGUACUUCGCUUGAAGGAUCCCUCAAAACGACUUUCUUGUCAGUGUGUCCUGUGGGGAAGGAUAUCUGGGAUUCCCUCAGUCCCUUUCCCGUCACACACACACACACACCUUGAUGGACUGAGACGUUGCAUGGACCAGUCUGAGGUAUUGCUUCGGCAGUUAUUAAACUUCCCUCGGAUGUGCUAAAGUUUCUCAGAAAGUGACCUGUAAACAGAAAUUUUACAAGACCGAUUGUUCACAUCUGAAAUACUUCACAAAAUUGGCCAAUGUGUUGAGUGGACAGAUAUGGAGAUUAGAUGAGACGUCCAGCAAUUGGAGAACUGAUGCACAGGCCUCUGCCAAUAAGAGAAAAGAACAACUGAGAUAAGAAGAAUUGGAGAGCCCUCCAUCCCCCAACAUCACCAAUGAGUGCUCUGAGCAGCUGAGGGACAAAGAUUGGAAACUUUAAAAUUUCUUUAAGUUUUGCUCAAAGGAAGAGGAAUGAGCCACGCGUUGUAUAAACUGUGUCUCUGCUUGUUCAUCCUCAUUGCCUUCACUGUGUUGAGGUCCAUUGAAUCAAAAUUGGAAGAGAAGACCAUUCAACCAGUGUUGUUUGCCAGUGAAACUGCAGAAGCUCAGGAUCAUAUCCUCCUGAACCUUGGCGAUGGACUCAAGUUAACAUGUGACACCAAUCGAUCUGUGAACGUCAACUGGUACAAAGAAGACAAGCAACUUCUGUCAGAUGACAGAGUGCAUGUAGCCCGGAAGGUUCUGGAAAUUGUCGAGAUGACAUAUGAUGAUUCGGGCCUAUACCUUUGUGUGGUACGUGGAACAGGCGAGAUCCUAAGGAAUUUCACAGUGACCAUAGCAGACUCACUGUCCUCUGGUGAUGACGAUGAAGAUGGUGGAUCUGAAGAUUCAAUUCCAGAAUCCAAUGAUGGACAUGCUUAUCCUCAGAAAGGAGCACCCUACUGGACACACUUUGAGCGUAUGGAGAAGCACCUACAUGUGGUUCCAGCUGCAAAUACAGUGAAAUUUCGCUGCCCAGCUGCUGGAAAUCCCAUUCCAACCAUACGUUGGCUGAAGAAUGGCCGGGAGUUCAGGGGAGAGCAGAGAAUUGGAGGCAUUAAGCUAAGGCAUCAGCGUUGGAGCCUUGUGAUGGAAAGUGUUGUCCCAUCUGACCGUGGUAACUAUACCUGUGUGGUGGAGAACAAAUACGGCAGCAUCAAUCACAGUUAUCAGCUGGAGGUUUUAGAGAGGUCUCCUCAUCGGCCUAUCCUGCAGGUCGGCCUGCCAGCUAACAAAUCUGUGGUGGUGGGAAGCAACGUAGAGUUCCACUGUAGAGUUUUCAGUGAUGCCCAGCCUCACAUCCAAUGGCUGAAACACGUGGAGGUGAAUGGCAGCAAAUAUGGACCAGAUGAAGUCCCCUAUGUCCAAGUUUUAAAGACUGCUGAUAUCAACAGCACUGAAAUUGAAGUCCUCUACUUGCAUAAUGUCACAUUUGAGGAUGCAGGAAAGUACACCUGCUUGGCAGGCAAUUCCAUUGGGAUCUCUUACCACUCAGCAUGGCUGACAGUUUUACCAGAAGAGGAACCCCUGAAAACAGCUGACUUCUCGGGGGCCAAAUACACUGAUAUCUUGAUUUAUGCUGCCACCUCUCUGGCCAUCAUCUUGUCAGUGGUCAUUGUUAUAUUGUGCAGGAUGCAGGCAAGGUCCACCAAGAGAGCUUUUGAUCCACUCCCUGUGCAGAAACUCUCCAAGUUCCCUUUCAAAAGACAGUUUUCUCGAGAAUCAAACUCCUCAAUGAAGUCAAACGCUUCCCUGGUGAGGGUGGCAAGGCUAUCUUCCAGUGGCACACUCAUGUUGGCAGGUGUUGUGGAGUUUGAACUACCAAUGGAUCCAAAAUGGGAAUUCCACAGAGAUAAACUAGUAUUGGGGAAACCCCUUGGAGAGGGUUGCUUUGGACAGGUGGUUAAAGCAGAAGCUUAUGGGAUUGAUAAGGACAAUCCGGAUAAAGCAGUUACAGUGGCAGUGAAAUCACUGAAAGAUGAUGCUACAGAAAAAGACCUCGCAGAUCUUAUCUCAGAAAUGGAGAUGAUGAAGAUGAUGGAUAAGCAUAAAAAUAUAAUUAACUUGUUGGGUGCCUGCACACAAGAUGGUUUGCUGUAUGUAAUAGUGGAAUAUGCAGCGAAAGGCAAUUUACGGGAAUACCUCAGGGCCAGGCGGCCACCUGGUAUGGAUUACAACUUUCACAUCACAAAGGUGCCUGAAGAACAGCUAACCUUUAAAGACCUGGUGUCUAGUGCCUACCAAGUGGCACGCGGCAUGGAAUAUUUGGCAUCUAAAAAGUGUAUCCAUCGUGACUUGGCAGCCAGGAAUGUGUUGGUAACUGAAGACAAUGUAAUGAAAAUUGCUGAUUUUGGUCUGGCGCGAGGAGUGAACAACAUUGAUUAUUACAAGAAAACCACCAAUGGUCGCUUGCCAGUAAAGUGGAUGGCACCAGAGGCCUUGUUCGACAGAGUGUACACACACCAGAGUGAUGUGUGGUCAUUUGGGGUCUUAAUGUGGGAGAUCUUCACACUUGGUGGCUCUCCCUAUCCAGGAAUCCCUGUUGAAGAGCUCUUCAAACUUCUCAAGGAGGGUCAUCGAAUGGACAAACCAUCCAACUGUACACAUGAGCUAUAUUUGCUGAUGAGGGAAUGCUGGCAUGCAGUAUCUUCUCAGAGACCAACAUUCAAACAGCUUGUGGCAGAACUUGACAAGGUCUUGUCUUCAAUAUCAGAUGAGUAUUUGGACCUCUCCACUCCUUUUGAGCAAUAUUCUCCCUUGUGUGAAGACAGCAAUAGUACAUGCUCAUCCAAUGACUCCGUCUUUGUUCAUGACCCUAUGUCGGAUGACCCUUGCUUACUGAAUUACCAUGACCGUAAUACUCGAAUCAGGACUUGAGAAAGAUGUCAGUCUGGAACUCCCGGCUCAAUAUGGAUCAUUUCCCCUGUAAUUAACUCUGAUGGUACUUUGGGAAUAGUUCAAAACUGGAUGGAAAGUUAAUUUCUUUUAAGAUUUGCUUCUUCCUGAAAGACAUGAAAUUUCCUUUUGAAGAAGAACAUUCUCUCUCACAUAGCAUGACUGGGUCAAACCGUUAAGAUUUUAAUUAAUCCUGAUUUGUCCAAAUUCUCACCAUUUGAAAUUGAUCAUUUUUACAAUGAAAGCCAUAUUUGAAUGGAGAAAAGCUCUGUGUAUUCAGGUAUUGAGCAGCGGCAGAACUCUACAAAUGGAGCUCUGUGGUUUACACUUGAUGGUGAUACUGAUUUUGAGCUUUGUUUCAAGAUACUAUCAAAGGACUUGCUGCACCUAGACAUGAUGGCCUUUGGCAGUGAAGAAGCAUUAACCUAAGCUACACCAGAGAACUUAUCUGGAAUAGAAAUACACCAAGACUGGAAGAAUCUGAAAAGCAAGUUUUGUCCAUUGGCAAAGCAUCAAAAAGUGAAGAAAGUAUAUUUGCCAUACAGAAAUCUUGCCACGUACUUUGUUGUGAUUCAUCACAAACUUCAAUGAUAGGAACAAAUCAAGUGAAAGCAUGUUAGCAUGAAAUUUCUGGACUAACAUUCCCAAUAAAAGUAUCAACUGUACCUUCUUCAGUAACAAUAUGAUUAGAUGCGCUGCUGAGUUCACUCAAUGCCAACGAGAUGGUAUUACAUCCAGGCUGGCUCUUUUCCUGGAACACACUACUCUGAAGAUCCAGUGACUGAACUCACCAUAAAAUGUCCUUGAAAAGAAUAUGUGUCUAGUUCAAAUGUAUUUAAUUUUUUAAAAUAUUUGAAAAAAAUAAUAGAUUUGAAGCUCCUGGCACAACUGGUGGCAUAAUGCAUUGCCAUUUAUCCAAUUACUUGUUUCUUUAAACACAGUGAUUAGUCUUGCAAGAGCUAUUACCAUAGCAACCCUCAUUUAUAAAGAAUUUAAUUACUUUUUUCUGUGUGAAUAGAACAGCCUGGGAACAGCUGGUCCAGCUGUUUGUAACACCGUUUAUCCAGAUAAUCAUCAGUUUACUGUUUUAAGCCCUGCAGUAAGCUGUAAAAUUGAAAAAUAUUUGUAUCUGAAUUUUUUUCUUUAAGUAGCAUGUCCAAAUUUAUUGGCAGUCAUACUUCCUUUUCUGGUUAUUAGAUUCAAUAUAUUUGUGGUCUAGAAUUAUUUACAGUAACUACUGGAGACAUCUGUGGAAAAGAACAUUCGUAUUUUGUGUUUUUUUUCUUAUGAGUAAGACUCCUUUUUUUUUGUUAUUUGCUCAAUUCCCUGGACUUUUAUCCCAUACAUAAAGUGUUGCUGAGAAGCAAGAGAACAACCAGCUCCAAGUCCAUGAAAGUAGCUUUGAUUCCAUUUUUAGCUUAUACCUGCUACAGGAAUUUUGUGUCACACACUGUGACAGCUUUGUUUGGCAAUUUAGGGAAAGGAGUGGUGGGGAAGGGAAAAGGGAAAUUGCAGUAAUGAAUCCACAUCCCACUGGUUCAAGAUCUGGGAGACUGGGGUCAGUGCUCAAAUAUGCUUGAGCUGUGAAGUUUUGCUUCCUCAGAAUUCUUGGAGCCUGUCAGAUGCAGGCAUGUUGAUAGCUGGCUUGUAUCAGGGAUAUUGUUUCUUCAGGAAUUAUUAAUGAUGCUGGCAGUGACUGUUGUUAAGUUAAAAUCACAAGCAAAAUGCUUCUGUUAGGAUUCUAAGUUGCUGCUGUUUGUCAAAUACAGAUAUUAUUUUAGUCAGUUAUUGAUGUGCCAAAACUCAGUGGCUGAUGAAAUGUUAGCUGUGCUGCAGUAUUUGUAAAUAGGGUGCCUUCUGAUCAGGUAAGAAAGAGAUUUUUGCAUUGAGUAGAAAUAUGACUAAUAGAGUUACCCUCGAAGUCUGAAUUGUCCUGCCCUUCUUUGAAAUCACAUUUCUUGUAAAUAUGAUUGAGUUGAAUGUAGCUGUACAGUGUGUCUUAUAUCGGCAUGUUUAUUGCCAAAUCGUUGCCUUUUUUAUAAAUUAUUUUUGCCUAAACUGGUACUACAAUGAAGGUGCCUUGUGUCAACAAUACAACUGAAUAGUUCUGGGAUAUACUGUUGGCAUGGCAGGGAUUUACAGGAAUUGUGCAUUUUAUUGUGCACAAUGUUACCAAUGGAUACAAGAGGCUGAAGAGGAAACUGAAAACUUCUCCUCUCUGUCCAAUAUGUUGCUGAAGGUUUUUCCUGGAUGGUGGAAGUCCUCAGCACCAACAACACUUUGUAAAAAUGAAUGCUGCUUCUUUCCUGCUCCAUCCCUUUUGUUGAGCAAUGUGUGCCUCAGACCGUGCUGUGAUACAGCAGUUCAGGUAAAAUGGCAAAAAGCUGGGACCAUACUUAAAGCUAAGUCUGGGAUAAAACAAAAUCUGGAAGGUCAGACAUCAGUUUUGUACAUGUUCUUCCUUGAGCAGGCAGGUCUGUAGUCCUCACAGGGGAAGUAACACUGCCAGCAUGGAUGUUCCACCCUAACUAGUGGGGCUGUGGGUCAGCUUAGCGUAGGCAGUAAUUGAGAAUUAAACUAAAAGAGGUAAUCAUUAUCUAGAGUCUAGUAUAUUACUCUCAAGUUUCACCGUGACACUCAUUAACAUUUACCAAUAAAAAUCCAUCGCUAACACUGGUGGUACAAAGAAGAACAGUUGAAUUCAUUUACCAUGAUUUAUAGAAACUAAUUCAUUAAAAUCACAUUUUGAACGCACAUUUGUUUUUCAAUUUCUUUUUCCUUGCUAAUUUUCUCCUCCCCAUUAGCCCACUUUCUUGAAAUUGGCUGAGCUAAUGAAAAGAACUUGCCACAUAGCCACUCAAACCUGUCACAUCAUUCAAUAUGUUCAUGCUAAUCUUCUACAUCAGCUCCACUUUCCUAUCCUAUCCUAUCCCCACAGGCAAACCUGUAGAACCAAUAUAAACUGGGGAUUGAAGCUGAUCUCACUGAGUCAUUUUUCUGGUAUUUUGAACAGGACAUUCAUGAUUUUAAUGUCUGAAAUUGAGAUUUUUUUCCUUCUUCCCAAAGAACAGUUCAGGUUAAAGGUAAAGGUGAGAGAGGGGGUGAUCUUUUGAAGUACUGAAUGAUAUUAGUUUACUAGCUGUGAAGUAUUUUAUACCUCCUCCAAUCUGGGCUUUCUGCCUAGUUCAAAGUUUAAAUAGGAUGAAUAAGCAACGUCCAUGAAAAUCAUCUUGUGGAAGGAUUUUCACACAAGUUUCAUGUGGAAAUUCCAGUGACAUUAAUCUAGAAACUGAGGGGCCUUCAUGUUUGACAAUCCACCAAGUUUCCCCACACAUCCGUUCAGUACAGCACUUACUUGGAGACUGAGCAUUUCGUGCCACUGUGCCCUGCUCUUGUUGAG